CAUAUUUUUUCUUGCCCUAGCUCUCUGUGAAUGGACAUUAGCAGCUAAUCAAGCUGUUACACGUGAUAUAUAAACGGCGAGCUCUGGGAGCAUAGAGCUGUAGUCCGUCCUCGCUGCUACAAUGGAGUUGCAGGGCAAAGUUGCGCUGGUGACUGGCGCUGCCCAGGGCAUUGGGAAAGCAAUUGCUGAAAUCCUACUGAAGAACGGCGCUAAGGUUAGUCUGUUAGAUAUCAAUGUACCCACAGGGGAAGCCACCAAAGCUGCCUUUGCACAGAGCUAUGGAGAUGAGAAUAUUUUGUUCCUCCCAUGUGAUGUAACAUCUGAGAAUCAGCUGAAAGAUUGUUUCAGCAAAACUCUUGAAAAAUUUCAGAGUUUGGACAUAGUAUGUAACAAUGCAGGGAUCUCUGAGGAAAACUGGGAGAACUGCCUCAGUGUAAAUCUGGUCAGUGUAAUUAAGGGAACCUAUCUGGGAAUACAGCACAUGAGUAAAGAGGCUGGUGGGAGAGGAGGCGUGAUUGUUAAUAUUGCCUCCAUUGCAGGUGUGAUUCCAUAUUUUCUUGGACCAGUUUAUGCAGCCUCAAAGUAUGGAGUAGUAGGAUUCACUACGUCACUGUCUCUGACCUGCCUUGAGAAGCAUGGAGUUCGACUACAAGCGCUGUGUCCUGGUUUCGCUGACACUCAGCUUCUGGCAAAUCUGAAAUGGGUGAAGGAUCCGGAACAGAAGGAGAAGCAUGACAUAAUUUUGGCCAGAUUUGGAGUGCUGACGACCUCACAGAUUGCAGAGGGAUUCUUGAAGCUCGUCAUGGAUCAGACCAGGAAUGGGGCAUUGCUGAAGAUGUUGGGAAAUGGUCUCUUUGAGUAUGAACCCCUACCAGCAAUUUGUCUUCCAGAAAAUCUGACAUCAAUUUAGGGACCUAAAGAGUUCAAGCAACAGAUUACUGAGAAGAAUGGAAAGUUUAAACCUGAUCAGAAAUAAAAUGGCAAUAAUUUUAA